AUGUACACCGAAAUCAAGGAGAUUGUCAAUUUCAUCGCCCGCUACAUAUUUGGGCACGAGCCGAGACGCGCGACGGGAAUUUUCAGCGCCGAGCUCGGCAAUUUUCUCGUCACCCAAUUCGCCGAAACCUGGGAUGUGAGCGAUCCGAAAAAAGGCGAAAAAGAGCGAGUGAUCAAUAUAAAAUGUCCGAACGAGGGAACGUGUCGAUUUUUUCAAACUGCCGCCUUGGAGGCGGGACUCGACUAUGAAGCGGUGCUCAAAAAUUUGCCGCCGAAUUGUCGAAUCUUCGCGAAUCCCGGCGAGGUGUAUUUUCGCGCCAGCGACAAUGGUGUGAAUGUGCCGAUAUGGGGCGGCGACGUCAACGCCGACGAGAACUAUCAACCGAUUCCCGAGCAUUCGGUCGUGUCGGCGGCGUGCGAGGCCGAGAAGAAUUCCAAUUUGGGUGCCGCCGGCAAACCGGUGCUUAUUGGAAGGCAACCGCUGCCAACCAAUGAUCGAACCGUCGUUGAGAUGAUCAAUGGCUGGUAUGUGCCGCUUGUCCUCGAGGAGUACACGGACUUGAACGCCAACUUGCAAGCGGUCUAUCGUUAUCGUUUCGCGUUCAAACCGCACUCGAGUCAGACGUUGACUGGAUUGGAAUUCUCGCAGACGCGCUUUGGAAGCAGCAAGCCGCGUCCCGACUUGCAAACAAUGGUCAAUAUUAAGCAGAUGGCGACGAGCCAGAAGAAGGGCCAUUUGAAUAGCAUUGAUGAGAGCACAUCGUCGAGAUCCUCAUCGCCGACGCGCGAUAAUUAUUUUUCGACGUUUUAUUAG